AUGUCAUCUCAACGUCCACGAAGAUCUUUGGGACCGCCCACAUCAGCCGAAGUGACCACCCAAAGAGAGGCACCGUUCAAUCAACAACAACAUUUUGAUGAUUGCAAAGAAAAUAUAAAUCGUAAAACUCAGAUGAAGGGACUGCAAGAUGAGAUACAUGCUCUUCAAAUGGAACUGCUGGAAGUGCGACAUGCCAAUAUCGCCCUACAGUCUCACAUACGGAGAAUUCAGAAUCAAGGUGGUCAGAUGGCACAUGAGGCCACGAGAAAAGCAAUCAAUCAGAUUCUGUCUCUCGUACCCGCUCUACGAGAACUACAAUCUAAUCUCGACCCUUCACCCGUCCAGCUGGACAUCCGCGAUAUACCAAAAAUCAACCGAGAAAACUUUCUCAGGAACAUGGGGAUGACCAUCGCCACGAGACCCGCUUCCCAAUUCGCCCAAUCGCUAGGAUUGACAGCAUUGCACGAGGCAGCUGAACUGAAUCUGGAGGACAGAAUACACUUGAACAUCAAUUCACAUCGUAAAAGGUCCAAAGGGAGGAGAAGUGGGAUGGGUUCCAAAGCCGCUUCGAGAUCACCCAUUCCCAAAGGACUGAGAGACGUGUUGGAUCCUCCAUUAGGAGAGAUGUCUUCUCCCAGCUCCACAAACUCUAGUCCUUUGGCACAGAUGUCGCCAGCACCUGUACGUGGGGUCGAGAACGGUCGACGACGGAGGGAAAGUGGAUUGCUCCCAGCCUCUGAACCUCAGCAGGAAGAAGAGGGUGAAUGGGAGGAAGGGGAGAGAGUGUUGUUAUCCCCUGAAGAUGCCGCGCGCAUACUUCCUCCAGCCACCGAAUCGACGAUGCUCCCUCUACCUCGCAUGAUACUGACCACGGAGGAGGAUGCGACUACGGACAUGCCUGUCAGUCCCAUGAGGGCGUUAUCACUAGAUGAACCGUCGUCAUCAUCUGCUUCCAAACCUUCGAGCCAGUCGGAUUUUUCCUCAGACACGCUCGAAGAGGAAGGAGGUCGGGCAAGGAGGGCACGAAGAAGUGUGAAUUACAAAGAGCCCAACUUACACACCAAAAUGCGUAAACCCGAUACCAUGUCAUCGACAGACCCGCGGCGGGGUUCAUCAAGAUCCUCAUUCGCUGCCACUUCACUUCUCUCUCCACCUCCAUCUUCUCGUGCCGCCUCGUCAGAACCCGGCCCUGAAGUCAUACCCAGCAUGAUGCAAGCCUUGCAAGCGUCAGUGCCUGAAGGAUCGAGCAAGUAUGUCACGGCACAGUUUGGACCGAUGAGGAGGAAGAGUGUUCUUCCAAAGUCCAUCCCCCGACCCGAGGAAGAUGAAGACGAUGAUGAUUUGGUGGAUGAUGCUCUGGGAACGGUGGAAGACGAAGUGGGUGACCAACCGGCCAGUUUAUCGGCUACACUCGAGAGACCCACGGCUCCUCCCAUAACAUCGAACAACGGACUUCAUAAAUCUACAACCGUAUCAUUGCUUGCUCCUGCUCCUGCUCCUGUUGCCCGCUCUGGGAUGUCGAUCUUAGGAGUAGGACAAACUUCAAAACCACCUUCCGCAUCCUCCAAUCGGUCUGUUUCCGCUCCUCGCUCAUCGCCGAGAAAGAAUGUCAAAAUGACAUCAAAGGUUGGGCCCAACUCACGUCCGCUUGUCAAGGGGAAUCCUCAUAUAGUCCCACUGGCCAAACGAGCAUCGUCCAUCGCUGCCUCUGCACUGAUACGUGACGCUUUAUCGGAUAUAGAAGAGAAUACGGGCCCACGACGAGGGAUCAAAGAUCAUACGCAUCCGUUUGUGUCGAGUAAGAGUGAUGCGAGAUCAGUGUCAGGGAGUAGAGUGUGA